AUGGAACCCCGCGAGAUAUGCCAAUCUCUUUCAGACCUUCCUCCUGAGCACUCGGGUACACAGCUAGCAAACGUCUCGGAAACUGAGAUUCGAGUAUGCCUGGACGACGGAACUCUGUCUAGCGAGUUAGUCCAGUCUGUAUUUCACCAGGACAUCGCAACCGUCACUCGUAUACUGGACGAACAACCCGAACUUGUCAACAGCAGCGUGGCUAACUAUGCGGAAACGUACCGCAGCUGGAAACUCGGCGACAUCAAGAUCGAUGGGUCUUCCACAUGGCCAUCCUCACCACACGAUGUAAAACUGCAGCAGGAAACAGAACCGCUCCUUUCGCUUGCUGUUAACGCGUACAGUUGCAAGAUAGGCAAACGCUAUGUUUCUAGCGUAUCCGAUCAAGCCGUCAAGGUUGUUGAGCUCCUUGUUCAAAUGGGCGCAACCGUUCACGAGGAGCAAAGAGAGACAAUUAUUGGCGAUAUGUGCUAUCGCCAAGACAGUGCCGCUAUCAUACAACUUCUUGCCCGUGCUGGAGCCAAGCCGCUUGGCCAAUGCAUGACGAUUUAUGAUACUUUUCUCACGGCUGUUGAGAUUGCUGCAAGGACUGGUUGCGACCAGUCACUUGCAUGGCUUUUGGAUUUUGCUCUCUCCGAGGGCAGGGUUAUUGCGGAUUACCUUCCAGCAUUGCACAUGACAGCAUACGACGCCCAUGAGAACUGUCUUUCAGAGUUUCUAAAGAGAGGGGCAGAAAAAUUGAUCAACCGCCGAGUUCAGCCCAGCUUCUGGUGUUGGACUGCCGCCAGCACCGUCCCGUGGGAUGCAGCACGCGGCCACACUCCUCUCACAAACGUGGUUUUCGCAAACACUCUGCGUGAUAAAGUUCUGAAUGUCGAGAGGUACCAGCGGGCAUGGUUAAUGGACUCCAGCACCGCGAAAAGGGAACGUUAUGCCUGGAAGCUGCUUGAGAAAGGAGCAGAGACCGAUAUCAGGCAUGCUAACUCGAAUAAGACCCUAAUAUAUGGAGCUUGUAAAUGGGCAAGCCCAGAACUAGUUUCUCAUAUUAUCGAUCACUCCGGUCACGAUCUAGACGAGAGCUUUCACUACCGAUCGGAAAAUUCGCGAUCUGGGCCACUCGCAUUAGGAGGGGACAGUGUUGGAUAUCUUCAUGUCGCAGCAAUGUACUUCAAUGCCGAAGUUGUAAACAUACUAAUUUCCAAGGGGAUAAAGCGACAAACUGACCAGUACAAACGAACGCCGCUACACUGGCUGGCAUUGUCGUGGGAAGAGUUCUAUUACACGCGGAACAAGCAGUUUUGCAGGGACGGAGACGACCAGGAGAGAUCUCUUGCCGCAGCCUUUGCUAUCAAGACAGCAACUUACCUUAUUGAUAUCGGAAUGGUGGACAUCAAUGCUCAGGAUUCUUUUGGCCGAACGCCACUGCACUAUGCCUGCUACAAUUUAAUGUCUGAGCUCAUCACCUUUCUCGUAUCCCGUCACGCAGACAUCAAUCUGAAAGACUCUGAAGACUGCACACCGCUUCACCUAUUAGCUUACGAAACGGAUCAGUGUCGUCCAAAAGACGACGACUUUCCAGUGGACAGCGCAGCUGCAUGUUUCAAGACAUACAACCGAAACAUUGAUGUUGACGCAAAAGAUGCACUCGGAAAUACACCACUGCUUAAAGCGUGCAAAAAACAUGCCGUGAACAUUGCCAAGCUGCUACUCGCAUUAGGGGCAAAUCCGAACAUCAGGGGUAGCGACUCCUGCGCUCCGCUCCAUUACGCAGUCUCGUUCCCGGCAUGGACUCAAGACUUUCAUUUCCUACAACGUCCUGAGGUGAAGGUAGAGGCUGAAGAGUUGAAAUGGGCUCUCCUUGCGGCGGGGGCGGAUGAAACGGCGCGAAAUGCUCGUGGACAAACGGUGGCUGAAGUUGAGCUGGUGGAAAGACUAAGUUAUCAGCAGAAAGUGAUUGAGGUGAAAAGGAUUAUGGAACGGCCUGUGCAGCCGUAUAUGGGCCGAGGUCAAAGCCUUCGAAUUCCACGGGAUCCAGUCACUUGA